AUGUCUCCGGCACCUUUCGAGAGGUCGUGGAGAGCACCCCUCCCCCUCCCCCCCCAGCCCCUUCCGGUCAGCAUCGGGCAGGACCUGGAGAUCGUGACGUACCACAUCCAGUCCCUGGUCAUCUCCCGUUACGCCGUCACCACCGUCACCUGCAGGAUCCGUAACCCAUCCCUCGACGCUCAGGAGGCCACCUUCAGCAUCCUCCUCCCGGUUAACGCGUUCAUCUCCAAUCUCACGAUAGAGGCUGGAGGACGGAACUACACGAGCCUGGUGAGGGAGAAGGAGGAGGCGAGGAGGACGUACGAGAAGGCCAAGUUCCGAGGACAGAACACUGCCAUCGUUCAUCAGAAAGAAAGGGAAACGUCGAAGUUCCGGGUGGACGUGAGUGUGUCGGAGCAAGACGAGGUCAUCUUCUACUUGACUUAUGAAGAACUGUUGGAGCGACGGCUGGGCGUGUACUCGCACAAGAUCAACGUCCAUCCGGGAUACCCAGUCUUGGAUAUGUUAGUGGAUGUUACUAUCCAUGAAACACGAGAUAUCAGCGUCCUCUCCGUGAAGAAGGUACCAGGAGGAGUUUCUUUCAGAGAUGCUGUGACGGAAUGGCGAGAAGGCGGAAAGACGGCCCGACUGCAGUAUGACCCCGACCGAGAGUUGAUGCCUAAGGACGGGGUGAUCCACGGCCAGCUCGAAGUGCAUUACGAUGUCCAAAGAGCCCUUGAUGCCGGGGACAUUCAGAUCGAAGAUGGAUAUUUCGUCCACUUCUUUGCGCCCAUCGACCUUCAGUUUACCCCAAAGCACAUAACCUUCUUGAUCGACACUUCUCAGUCCAUGUCCGGCCACAAACUUUUUCAGGUGAAAGAUGCCUUACGCCACAUCCUGGCCGACCUCAACGCGGGAGACACCUUCAAUAUCAUCCACUUCUCUUCGGGCACCUACAAGCUGGGGACGAUGCGCUACACGGGGACAGCAGUUCGAAAAGCCAAAAAGUUUAUCAAUAGUCUCCAAGCCGAGGGAGGGACGAACAUCAACGACGGACUCAGGGUGUCAUUUGAGCAGGAGAAUAACAUGGGUGCAGAAGGAGUGCGACCUCAUAUCAUCAUCAUGCUGACUGAUGGACAGGCUAGUGUGGGCAUCACACAUCCAGAAACAAUAUUGAAGAAUGUGAGGGAGAGGAACAAGGAAGGAGCAUCCAUAUUUUGCCUUGGUUUUGGAAAGGGGGCUGACAUGGAUUUGCUAGAAAGAAUAGCACAUCAGAACCAGGGUAGUGCUCGCAAAAUCUACGAGGAUGUUGAUGCCGCAGAUCAGCUAAAGGGAUUCUACCAGGAGCUGUCUACCCCCCUUCUAUUGGAUGUGCAGUUUAGCUAUUCCGAUGAUGCUGUGCAGAUGAAUACUCUUAGUAGCACCCACUUCUACAACUAUUUCCAAGGCACAGAACUGGUAGUGACAGGCCAAACAGAAUUAGAUAAUUUGAGUGGAAUAAAAGCCAACAUCACUGGACAAGGAAGGAAUGGACACUUCUUUAUGGGUGUAACAGGCUGGAAUACCGUCAAUCCACCUGACAAGCACCUUCUUUCACAUUUACACCUUGCCCCUACACCAAAGAACUUUAUUGAAAGGUUAUGGGCUUUCCUGAAAGUAAAGGAUCUGCUUAAUGAAGAAAAGGCAGCCAAAGGAAACCAUGAGAAAACUUCAGCACAGAGAAAGGCUUUGAAAAUAGCUCUUGAGCACCAUUUUGUUACGCCACUGACAUCGUUGGUGGUAGUACAGCCAGAUCAAGAGAACUGUAAGGAUUACGAGGAUGAUGACGACGAGGAAGAGGAAAAAGAAACAGAGAGCACUAUUGAUCAAACAGCAAUAACGAAAAUGGAUGCUAAUUCAACCUUCUCUGAUUCCUUGGAUACACAGGACUCAGUUGUCAGAACUUUUGAUCCUGCCUCUAUUCAGGUUGUCAGUAACGAUGAAGAAUGGCAUUCAAUGGAUUACGAACACGCUAGCCAAGAAAAAUCACAUGAUGCUAUUUGGGCUUGGGGGGGAUCAUGUGCAAAUCAUCCAUCAGUCCCACUGUUGAUGAUAACCAUGACUUUACUUGCCAGCAUUUUCUCAAGUCAGACAUCAGGGCUAAGGGUACAUUUGCCAGACAAAUGACAGUACUUAAUAAAAAGUACGUCAUGAUUACCACCAAGAAGACAAAUCUGUGGCCUGUCAAACUUGAGGACCGUAUGAAUGUUAGUUGAUAGUGACAUAAUCGCACUGUGCGACCGGACAAGAGAUGUGCCAGUUCAUCAGUAGUGGAGUUACCAGCUGAAUCCAUUUUUGGCUAAAAGCCGAUAGGGAGAUUUUGUUUUAACAAUAAUGUAACUGGAGAAAUUGCUACUAGCAUGGCUGAAGUAGUUAGAAAAUAGGUUGAUUCUUCAUACUGUGUGAUAUGUUGUCACAGAAAAAUAAGGCUAUGCUGUGUCUGAAAGUCUGUAGCGACAAUAUUGAUGCCAUACCUUCUAUUACCUAAAAUGCUGUAUUUGUGUGAAGUAUUGAGGUUUACAAGAAAUAUUUGAAGCCUUAUUAAUGGAUAAUCUUUGGAAGAUGUUUUCAUGUAAAAUCUAAUAAAAAAGGAUUAUAUUUACACAUUUGAUUAAUUAUAUAAUGUUCUAUGUCAUCACAAAAGAGUGCUGUCAAAAUGAUAGGUAAGCUGGUAUUUUCCAUAAGUGAAAAACGCAGAGUGAAAACUCAUUUUUUGAUAUAUUAUUCAUGUUUGGAAUAAUGUUUCAUUUCUUAUAUCCUGAAUACCAGAAUUACAAAUGAUUUGGCUAAUGACUGAAACAGAAAGCAUUUGUGAACAGUUGUAUUUUAUAUUCAUAUAUGAUUAUUGUAAGUGUUAUUAAUUUCUAUACAUAAAACAUUCCCCUUGCA